GUACUGCGUGCUACAGAUCCAAGAGUUGGUCUUCAAAGUGAGAGAAGUCAACUUAGGCGUUUCCUACAAAGCUAUAUAUUUUUUGGGGCCUGGUUAUUAACACAAAAGGGGACCAUGGUUAUGUUGAAGAUCUCUGCUUUCCUUGUUGCCUAUGCCUUGGUCAUUUGCCAGAUGUACAGCUCACAAGCAGCCCCCACCAGAACAGGCAUAGAGUCCAUGACAGACCAAGUCACGCUCACGGACUACGAGGCACGGAGGUUACUCAACGCCAUAGUCAAGGAGUUUGUGCAGAUGACAACUGAAGAGCUGGAGCAGCAAGUGACUGAAGGCAAUAGCAUUGAAAGACCCCUAACCAAGCGCUGCUCCAACCUCAGCACCUGCAUGCUGGGCAAACUGUCCCAGGACCUACACAAAUUACAAACGUUCCCCCGCACAGACGUGGGCGCGGGCACGCCUGGCAAGAAACGCAGCGCGCCCGAGAGCGAACGCUAUGCAAGCUACGGGGAGACACGUGACAGCAUCUAACCCUUCCUCCUGUUCCCACUCUUUUUCACUUUUCAUUUGAAUUGUCCUCCUGGUUUUCAAUCUCCGUGCAUGUGGAUUUUGCCUGCUUGACAUUAGAACGGAUUUCCCAUCGCAACGCCCCCGUGAUUUUUUUCCCUUCUUCUUUUGAUAAUUCCUUCCCCCUUUCGGCAGAGAUGGACGUUGUAUCUGUUUAGACAAUCGAAAUGAGAACUUUAUUUAUAUAACAAUUAUUCAAAAGAAUGACUCGAGAUGUAUAGAGUUUUUUUUUAUGAGUGUAUAUUCAUAUAAUUUGAUUGCGUUACAAAUUCCUCAAAUCUCCAAAUUCAUGAGAGAUAACGUACGUAAUAUUCAACCAUAAUACAUGGUUUCUUUAUGCGGUAACAUGUUUCUUCUUCAAUAAACCUAUUUUUAUACCAGGAAGACUUUUACCUUUUAUUCUUAAGAAAUGUAAUGUUAGUACUUAUUUAUUUUUUGGAACUUUGACUCUUCCAACAACUGCAUUCAAUAUUUUUUGAAUUGCAGUAUAGAAUAAAUCCUAGUUAUAAUAGCAGUUCCAAUAUCCUUGAACUGUCUCUAAAACCCUCACCAAGUCUCAAGGUAAGAAUUAUGACCAACUGAAAAAUUCUAAUGAUCGAACAUUUCCAGAGACUAUUAAUCCUCUGUCUACUUAUGUGUGUGUGUGUGUAAUAGUGCACUUGUGUAGGCCAUCUGUGUGUGCUUGAAUAUGUGUAUGUUUGUGAGUGUCUGUCAUGAGUGUGAACACGUGUAUUGUAUGUGUACGAGGUGCGGAGCAGGGCCCACCAUUAACCCUGUCUCCAUUC